GGCAGAGAGAGAGAGCGACACAGAGAGCGACAGAGGGAGAGAGAGAACAGGGAAGGGGGAGGCUCCAUAUUCUUUCACCUACCCCCUGUCAAACCACAGGAAGGAGGGGCCAGACCCUAAGCUGCCAAUCAAAUCCGCUUGUGGCAGCCGGCAUUAUCUCAGCAACAAACUAUUGACAGAUUACAUGUCAAGGAGUUUAGUGCAUGAUUGAAGGAAGCCUUUUUUAUGUAGUUACUUUUCCGCUUUAUUUCCCCCUCCACGAACCAACAUUUGAAUGACUUUCUAACAGAGUUGAGUAAUAUUAUGAAAGUUACAUGUCUGAGAGGAUUUAACUUCGACUUCCCUGAAUAUGCUGAAAGGAGUUUAUGCACUGAAACGACCUCAGGAAAACCCAAGAUGGCCGCCAAAAGGAAAGGUGGCUUAAAACUCAACGCUAUCUGUGCCAAGCUGAGCCGCCAGGUGGUGUUCGACAGUAGCUCCCAGAAUGCAGAGGGAGACCAGAGUGUAGCAGGAAACAGUGAGCGUGGCAGUUCUCACUACGAUGACACUGAGACCAACUUCCCAGAGAGCCUUAACCUCAGUCAGAGCCUAGAGGAGGACCAGAAGAGACGCGAGGCCAUUGAGAAGUGGGUCAACGGCGAGUACGGCGAUGAACCGCCAGCUCCCGAUGAUGAACAGGAGCAUGAACUCAAAGUCAGCAAUGGCGAAGAUGACCCUCCUGAGGGCGUGUACAUGGUACAGCCCACAGGCUGCAGCGAUGACGAAGACAACGUAGAGGAGGGCGAGCCAGUGGCAGGCUCUCAGGAGGACAGUUACCAUGAUGACAAAGAAGCUGAAGUCAGGCCUUCAAAAGACAGCACCUACAUGCCACCAAGCGAGGCCCAAAGUCACCAAGCACCUUUCUCCUCUACAGGAGAAGCAUCUGCCCUGCGAGACUAUGCAGCCAACACCAUGAAUGAAUUUUUGGGAAUGUUCGGUUAUGAUGACCAGCAGGUAAGGGGUGAGCUGACCAAGAAGAUCAGCUUUGAGAAGCUCAAAGCUGCUACCUCAGACCCCUCAUCCCUCAGCAGUGAGGAGGCCUCACGCCGUGCUCGCUUCUCCAAGUACGAAGAGUACAUUCGCAAGCUAAAAGCUGGGGAGACCCUACCUUGGCCCAUGCAUGCUUCCCCACCCAAACCAGACGACCUCAACCCAAAACUGGCCCAAGACAAGAGCGCUACCAUGCUCCAGACGUCUGGGUGCCUCCCAGGAGCCGAGACACAGAUCUAUCCCCCCAGCCUGGACCACAAACAGCCAGGAGGACCUCAGCUGAGCACUUCUCAGCCACCAAAUCCCUCUCACAUCCAGAACAUGGCAUCCCGAGCCUCCAAGUAUGACUUCUUUAUUCAGAAGCUGAAGAUGGGUGAGAGUUUACAGCAGCAGAAUGGCAAUGCUUACAAGCGACCCUCCAAGUACGACCUGGAAAACGUCAAGUUUCUGCACCUCUUCAAGCCUGGUGAGGGCAACCCUGACAUGGGCGGUGCCAUCGCCUUUAAGACUUGCAAAGUGGGCCGCCCUUCGAAGUAUGACAUCAGAACAAUUCAGAAGCUAAUGCCAGGAAAUCCCGAGGCCUCACUGAUGCCCAAUGUCCUCGCUACAGCACCAGGAAACCCGGGAGCUCCUGGUGUCCCCACCGUGAGCACAGCUGGGGCCAGCAUCGCUCCAGGGCUGACAAUAGACCAGACAGGACACUUAAGCUUCAAUGCUGCUGACUACCUGAAGUCCAGCUUUUCCAAGACUGACUCCAUCACCACGGGCACUGUGUCCUCCGUUAAGAAUGGCCUGCCACCAGAUAAACCCGCCAGCGACGACAUCAACCUCUACCAGAAAUAUAUUGCCAGAUUCUCUGGAAGUCAACACUGUGGACACGUGCACUGUGCCUACCAAUACAGAGAGCAUUACCACUGCAUGGACCCUGAGUGUAACUACCAGGUGAGCAGGUUUACCAGUAAGCAGGAUGUAAUCAGGCACUACAACAUGCACAAGAAGAGGGACAACUCGCUGCAGCAUGGCUUCAUGCGCUUCAGCCCUCUGGACGACUGCAGUGUCUACUACCAUGGCUGCCACCUCAAUGGAAAAAGCACCCAUUACCACUGCAUGCAGGUGGGCUGCAGCAAGGUGUACACUAGCACCUCAGACGUCAUGACCCAUGAAAACUUCCAUAAAAAGAAUGCCCAGCUGAUCAACGAUGGCUUCCAGAGAUUCCGUGCCACUGAGGACUGUGGCACAGUCGGAUGUCAAUUCUAUGGGCAGAAGACUACACACUUUCACUGCAGGCGCCCAGGAUGCACAUUCACCUUCAAAAACAAGUGUGACAUUGAGAAGCACAAGAGCUACCACAUCAAGGAUGAUGCAUAUGCCAAAGAUGGCUUUAAGAAGUUCUAUAAGUAUGAGGAGUGCAAGUACGAGGGCUGCGUGUACAGCAAAGCUACAAACCACUUCCACUGCAUCCGCUCAGGGUGCGGCUUCACCUUUACCUCCACUAGCCAGAUGACCUCCCACAAGCGCAAACACGAGCGCCGGCACAUCCGCUCCUCUGGGGUCAUGGGCCUCUCUUCCGCCUACCUGGCGCCAAAGGAUGAGCCAGAGGAAUCGAGCAAUGACGACCUGAUGGACUUCUCGACCAUCAGCAGCAAGAACUCCAGCCUGAGUGCCUCACCUACAACCCAGCAGUCCACCACUGUAUCGCACCUGUUGGCUACGCCUACCACUGCUGUCUCCUCCUCCUCUACAUCGGUCCACACCCUCAAACCCACAUCCUCGCUGCCCAGUGCAGGCCAGCGAAUGUCCAGCCUGCUGUCCCAGGCCCUGCCUAGCAACAUGCCCGUGGCCCUUGCUCUUUCUAACAAUGCCCUGGCCGGCUCCAACCCGUUCUUCCCCCUAAUACCCAGGAUGCCUCUCCAACCACCUCCGCCAGCCGCUAGCCUGAUAUCUGCUAUAUCUUCUGGGACCCACUCCAUGCCCACCGACUCACUGACCCAAGGUUGCUCCACAUUGGGUGCAGAUGGAGCCAUGGCCUCUACCCCAACGUCCUUCGCCACCUCCUCCAUCAUGGAGAAGAUCUCGGCAAGCAAAGGUCUGAUAUCACCCAUGAUGGCCAGACUGGCAGCUGCUGCCCUGAAGCCCUCCAACAACCAAAACACAGGGAACGGGCAGCCGGCUUCAGCCAGCCAGUUCAAUCUGGUUCAAGUGAAGCAGGAGCCAAUGGACAACUCUGGGGCCUCCCAAGACUCCACGCAGGAGCACAGCCUGGACCUGAGCAAGAAAGACCACAGUAAUGAAUCAAACGGACACCCUGUACCAGGGAAUACAUCUCUUUUAUCCUCGCUUAUGAAUAAGAUGUCACGGGUGAACCCUGCCCUGUUCAGCGCCAUGAACCUGAAGACAGAGCUGGAGGCAAGCCAGGGCAGCAACAGCUCGGAGGCAGCACAGUAUCUGAACAGAGUGCUGAAGAGGCCGCUGCCAGAAAAACCCACUGAGAUCUGGAGGACAUACCUCCGCAGGUUUGACACAGAUGACUUCUGUGAGGCUCAGUGCGACUUCCUUCAGAAAGUGCACUUUCACUGCCUGGUAGAGGACUGUGGUGCACUCUUCAGCACUGUGGAUGGGGCCAUAAAACAUGCUAACUUCCACCUCCGUGCCACCUUGAAAGUGAAGUCUGAGCCUCAGUUUGGUGAGGGCAAGGACUCCAGUGAGGGAGCCUCGCUGCAGCCUGCUGCUCCCGUCUCUAUGGCCAACAAUCCCUCCAUGGAUGUGGCCCACCUCACCUCCUCUGGUGGCUACAGCUCUCCUCCUCCCUCCCUGCUGGCCUGGAAGCAGCUGACCGGCAGCAUCCCUCAGAUGUCGGCCUCGAUGCCCAACCUGCCGGCCAACUCCCCUCUGGCCACUACCUCUCUGGAGAAUGCUAAACCUCAAGUCAAACCUGGUUUCCUGCAGUUUCAGGAAAAUGAUCCCUGUUUGGCUACUGACUGUAAGUACUCAAACAAGUUCCACUUCCACUGCUUGUUUGGAAAUUGCAAGUAUGUGUGCAAGACGUCUGGCAAGGCCGAGUCCCACUGUUUGGACCACAUCAACCCCAGCAACAACCUGGUCAACGUCCGUGACCAGUUUUCCUACUACUCUCUCCAGUGUCUCUGCCCCAACCAGCACUGCGAGUUCAGAAUGAGGGGCCACUAUCACUGUCUGCGGCCUGGCUGCUACUUUGUCACUAACAUCACCACCAAGCUGCCAUGGCACGUCAAGAAGCACGAGAAGGCAGAUCGCCGUGCCGCCAAUGGCUUCAAAUAUUUCACCAAGAGGGAGGAGUGUGGGAGGCUCGGUUGUAAGUAUAACCAAGUCAACAGCCACUUCCACUGCAUCCGCGAUGGUUGCCAGUUCUCCUUCCUGCUCAAACACCAGAUGACCUCACAUGCUCGCAAACACAUGAGGCGGAUGCUGGGGAAGAAUUUUGACAGAGUCCCGUCCCAGGUGAUGCCACUUGGACAGAGGGCAGAUGCAUCCAGCAUGAUAGGGAUCCACCCUGGUAUGAACUCCAGCUUCUCCUCCACCAUGAUGGAGGAGACUGAUGAUUACAUGGACUACAUGGGAGGAGGGGGCAGCCCCUUGGGCCUCUCCUCCGAGUCCUCCAACCAGGACCGGAGCUGCACCAGCACACCUGUAGGCAACGAUGGUUCUCCAGCAGGACAAGGCUGGCUCGCCACCACUUCUGCUCCUACUACCCCUGCUGACACUAGCGCUACCCAAAAUGCACCUCCUUAUUCCCCUCCUCCUCCUCCACCGCCACCACCACCACCACCUCCUCCCUCCACUCUUCAGCCUGGUUUUCAGUCCCAGGCCCCAUCCCUCUCUCCUGCUCUCCUCCGACCUCCUCUCUCCUCACUCCCAUACCUCCUCUCUCCAUCCUGUCUGUCAUACUCUCUGCUCAGCGCCUCUCUGGGAGCCACUCGGAGUGUUGUCAUGCCAACCAACACACCAGCUUUCAGCCCCAUCAUUGCCACUCCGUCUCCGGUUAAAAAUGACGUCCCUAUAGUGCAGGAUGCUGCAGGCAACACCAUUUCCAUUCCCACGGCCACUGGUGCAAAGAAGCGCUUCUGGAUCAUCGAGGACAUGUCACCAUUCGGCAAGCGCCGCAAGACGGCAUCGUCACGGAAGAUGCUGGAUGAGGGGAUGAUGCUGGAGGGCUUCAGGCGCUAUGACCUCUACGAGAACUGCAAGGACACAGGCUGCCAGUUUUCUCUGAAGGUGACCCACUACCACUGCACACGUGAGAACUGUGGCUACAAGUUCUGCGGCCGCACCCACAUGUACAAGCAUGCGCAGCACCACGACCGCGUGGACAACCUGGUCCUGGACGACUUCAAGCGCUUCAAAUCGUCACUCAGCUGCAACUUCCCUGACUGCCAGUUUUCGGGCAACAGCACCCACUUCCACUGUCUGCGCUGCGGCUUCCGCUGCACCGACAGCACCAAGGUGACGGCCCACCGCAAACACCACGGCAAGCAAGAUGUGAUCAGCGCCGCUGGCUUCUGCCAGUUCAGCUCCAGUGUUGAUUGCGAGGUUCCCGACUGCAAAUAUAAGCUCAAGUGCUCGCACUUCCACUGCACCUUCCCUGAGUGUAAGCACACGGUGGUGGGCAUGUCCCAGAUGGACUCCCACAAGAGAAAGCACGAGAAGCAGGAGCGGGGUGAGCUGCCGUCUGUGUCGCCCAAACAGGAAGGGAUGCACCACCUGGGAGGAAGUGUGUCUGUGGUCCCUUCCGCCUCUAUGGGUCUUUCUACUUCCUCACCUAGUGGCCUCUACGGGUUGUCCCGCAGCAUUGACAGCAGUGCUCCCUCCAUGCUCUACCCGACAGAUGGCAUCGGGUCCGAGUAUAACCACCUGUACCCACAGUCCUCCAUCAGCCUGGACGGCUCCCUCAACCUGGGGACCGACACCAGCAGCUCCCUGUUCUUCCUGAAGAAUGCAGCCGGUCUGGGGCUCAGCGACUCACUGGACCUCAGCAAGAAAAUGCACCACGACGCAGCGCGAUCUAGCCACAACCCGGCAGCCCAGCUGGGUCUGCCAGCAGCUCAGGACGACACCACAGGAACAUCUGGAGAGGCUGAAGAUGACCUGUCACCAGAGGAGGAGGUGCAGGCAGAGGAGGAGGAGGAAGAAGAAGAAGAGGAGGAGGAGGAGGAAGAAGAAGAGGAGGAGGCAGACCUUAACAGUGACUCCAAUGAUGAUUCAAUGGCGGAGCCUGAUGGUGAAAAGGACAAUGGCGAGAGUUUUGAUGCUUCCGUUAACCACACUGAUUCUUCCCGACUGGAAAAGCAAGACGUUGACCCAUAAAUAAUAAAAAAAACAAACUACCAGUGACUAUAGGAACUGAAGAAAUACUCUGUGUACUAUGAACAAACAAAAAUGAAAGUGGCCUCAUUUAUCAUGUUUAGAGACUUCCCAUGACAACAAAAAACAACAACAGUGUGGAGAAAAAUGACGGCCCGAAAUGAUUUAUUGUGAUGUUUACAAGAUGACCAACAUUAUUAAUUCAAUUAUGCAUUAAAAAAUAUGAACGGAGACACAGAAUUAGGCCCUGGUUUACACACGGGGCAGCAAUGUAAAGCAUUUUACUACACAUCAGUCUUUUUGUGUGCGUGCAUGUUUGACUUUAAUUUAUUUUCAUUUUUUUCACCUUUUUUGUGUGGA